AAAUAAUGGUAUACAGCAAAUGGCGACAGCAAUUAUCUUGAAUUUUUAUAUAUAUAAAUUCAAAAAUAAAAAAUUACUACGUGCCCAAGAUCCUGUCUUACCAAUCUCUAUUCUUCUGUUAUUUAAUUAUUUAUUGUUAGGUCUAUUAUACUUCUUAAUUUACGCUUUAUAUAUCUCACUGUUUAUUAUGAUAUAAUUCAGCAUAGAUUUUAUUCGAUUAUUACACAUUCACAUUACAUUUUUACCAGUCUUAUUUCAGUAUUACGUUUAUUAUGUAUUUCGUCAUUCACUUUUAUCUUUAUUACUUAUUAAUUAUCGUUUAUAACGGAGAAAGAAUGACGUAUGCUUAGACAUACGUGAACGAGAUGGCUUGUCGAGAGUAUUUUCGAGGAACGGUAGGACAAUACGACAAACAGAAAAGACUCGCAUUAUCAACAUUAUCUGCGUGAUCUCGCAACGAGACUUACAGAAGUCACGUCACACGUUAUAACAUAGAAAUUAGUCACGAGUCAACGCCGCUCUCUCGCUCUGUCAUCGUCGACGAUGACAGCGGAAUUUAGAUUUCAGGCGACCGAACACGAAAGUGAGAAUACAUUUGAUACGCUGAAUUGACAAGCCCGAGGAUCCCGUGUUACGUGCGAGUCGUGGUCCGAUAACACCGUAACAGGAACCCCACUGUCUAUCUAUUAAGCGCGGACAGCGCGGCAUUAGGUACCGAGAAAUGGUAUCACACUUUGGAUCAAAUGACCGCCGCAUCGGUCCGUCGCGAUUUUAACUUGCGCUCCGUUAUCCGCGACAGGAAGAAAAAGAAAAAGAAAAAAAUCGCGUCGGCCGUCGGAAAUUCGUCAUUACUCGAUAUUCCGGAUACGCCACGGCGAAUACCACGAAUCAGUGAAUCGGCGCGAGUCAUUUGAUUGAAGCCGUCGCGCAUCAAUUUACGCGGGGAGUGGCGUACAAAUUGUAGUUUGAAACACACUGCCAAAUCAUCGUGUCUCACAAAUUCGUCGUUGAAUGAGAAGAAGGAAGGAAGCAUGGAUUGGUCAUCUCAAUUGUAAUUACGUGACUGAAAAUAAUCUCCAUUUUUUUGGAAAUAGUGGAAAUAAUACUUAAUACUUAACUUCUGUACUCUGGAAUUAAAAGAUUUCCAGUAUGAGAAAGGAAAAUACAGAGUGAUAUCGGGCAAAUAGCCUUUUGUAAGCUGAACAAACAACCAAAUGGAACCAUCUAUCUAUCAACACAGCGGAAUGUCAAGAGAUUUCUAAUCGCGAGAUAUCGCGGAGAAGAGCCGCGACAAGUGGUUAAUUAAAUGGCACUUUUCUCACGCAACGUUUUUCAUACGAUAUAUAAGCGACCUUUUUAAUGAAUCGCUUGAAUUCUCUUUAUAACAAUUAAGAGCAAUUUCAAUAUGAGUAUCUGCUACAUUUCGCGAACUCCGAGUGCGAAUGCACCGGGUGGGACGCGAGAGAAGGGCGGCGGAACAUGCGCAUGGAGAUACGGAACAUCAUGAGAGUCUGGUGAAUAACGUGGGGGCCUGCGGAGGCCAGAGAUACAAGACUCAUCGAGAAGGUAAACAAAGAAGAAAGCCGAGAACCUGCUGAACGGACAGUAAGCAAACGGGUGAGUCAUCGGCGAAGGUUCGACUCGGAGAAUAUGAGACACUUUACGUGCCUGUUGACGCUGGGAGCGUUCGCUGUGGCAGCCUUCGCCACGAUCAAGAAUGACGCGUCGUCGGUCGACAUGGUCAGAGAGGCCUUACUACGUCUGGAGAAGGACUUGAGAAGAGAUCUGGCCGAUCAACAAAGAUGGGCGAACGUCGAGGAGCGAGAAAAAUAUUUGCAUCUGAUCAAGGCGUACGAAAGAUUCGGCAAUCAGGUGGACGAACGAUUUCCCCUGGAUCGGGAGGAUCAUUUGGACUCCUUGGACUCCUUAUGGCUUUGGGCGAGAGCUCAGCACGAGAUCAAAGGCAUCAACGGCCUGUACGGGCUAUUCCGGCAGAUGCAACGUGAGAUCCUCGAGCUGAACGCGCCGAUCGAUAUUAAACAGCUGGCAAAUUUCGCUGAGACGAUCUUGCGGGAUCCGAACGCCUCGAUCCCAAGAGCGCUCGACCGUAUCGCGACUCUGAUCAUCAAUGAAAAAUUAUUCAUCGCGGCUUUUCAGGUACAGAUGGCUGUAACUCGAAAAGAUUGCAAUCGCGGAGAUAAUUCUUCCUCCCCGAGACCAUGGUCUUUUCGGGGAAUAAUAAUGAAAACGGGAUAAAUAGUUGUUUGCAGCAAGUAGAUAUU